CUUCUGUAUUUGGUCGUUAAGAUGUGGGAAUAAAUGUGUAAUGAUGAUGAAACUCUUUAAAAUUGUCGACUUCCAUGUUCUGAAUUUAUUGUCACAGCUCUUUUAACAACAUCAAAUUGAAAAUUAAGGUAAUUAUAUGACAGUAAUAGUGUUCCAGUUGGGAAGUCCUCCAAGCGAGAGAUUUCCUUGACAUCCAGAGAAGCUGAAACACCUGCUACAUCAACUACAGGUAAAUCCCUGUUAUUCCACUUCCGGAAAAAUGGCCUUCAUUAAAAGUGUAAUAAACAAAAGUGGGAGGUAAAGGGUGAACUGAGAAAAUGAUUCAUAUAAACAGCCUCCGGUGGUCUCAGAAUAGUAGUAGAAGAGUUGAACAGCUUCUGAAUUGACAAACAAUGGACACCUUCAAGUACUCGUCACUUCUGUCACUGGUUUUCUCAAUAUCGCUGCUGGCCACUGUUCUCACAGCUCCAAGUCACCACGUCCGACACCAAAGAUCACCACAGACCAGUAACAAUACGGCAGGGUUCAAUCCAUGGGGUAUGUUCGGAGGCAGUUUCGCGGGCAGUUCGGCGCAAGCGGGCUCUUUCGGGGGCGGUAACGGCAUCGGAGGUGGAGGCAGUGGCAGUUUUGCGGGCAGUUCGGCACAAGCAGGUGCUUUUGGGGGCGGCAAUGGGGGUGGCGGAAGUGGCAGUUUUGCCAAUAGCGCCGCCCAGGCGCAGAGCAUUUCCUAUGGACCUUUCUCAGGCAGCAUCGCUACCAGUGAAGCCAACGCUGGCAGUCAGACAUUCUCUGCAAUUCCCGCUUUUCUACAAAGAUUUUUUGGCCGCUAAAUUGAGAAGAAUCUUCCAUCCUCAACUGGAAUUCGGAAAUACUAUUUAUUAUUUUACAACGAUCUCCCGUAAAAGUUUUACAGAUUUGAAACUGGAA